GGCAGAAUAGAUCAGAAUCAGAUCCAGGGCAGAAUCUCACCACGAUUGAUUGAUCGUCCUCCAGCACACCGGCUACGAGGGUUUUUAUUUGUGAUCGUGGUCGCCAACCUUGCCAGCUCAGACCACCUCAUUUCCGGAACAGCACAUCCCAAUCAGAAGCACCCAGCUUUCAUGCAUGUCAAAACACGUUACGAGACAACCUUGCAUAUGCGCCUGCUAAUGACGUGGUUCGUGGGUGUUAGUUGAGCGGCUCUGAGUUGGCUCGAGGUGCAGUCCCACUCAUCCACCCCUUCAUCCCUUCAAAAGACAUCCCGGCAGGACCGAUUUCUCGCUUGAAAUCACUAUCUGUCUGAUAUCAGUUCCUCUAAUACAUCUCCCCAAAUCACUCCAUACAAAAUGGGUCAGAAGAACUACAAGCGGUUGUACUACAACCUUCUCCGCUCCCAGGAGAACGAGGAACAUGCCCAGGAACACCCAAUUACAGAGUACCCUCAGCCAGAGAUCAGCUCCUACACAACUCCUAUCGUUACCAUCAUCAUCGGCAAGAGCCACUUCAAGAUCGCCGAUUACCACCUGCGCCCAUAUUCGACCCUCGAGCCUCACUCAUCAGAGCUCAAAAUCAAUGACAUCAACGAAGACAUCGGACACACCUUUGUCCACUUUCUCAGCACGGGCGCCUACGAGACCUUGAAGCCGACGGAUCUGGAACCCGAAUCUUGCCCAUGGGCUCGCGAGUUCGAGCGAAGUGUGCAUGCGUAUCAUGCUGCGAGGCGAUACAACAUCUUCGGACUUGAGGAGCAUGCCAAGCGUUAUAUGGUCACCUUCAGUGAAGAGGUCUCGACGCGGCAGCUCCUGAAAACGGUCAGCAAGGUGUACUCGGAACUCCCUGGUCAUGAUUCAUGGUUUGAGGGAUUUGUUCGGGACAAGCUCGCGUCUGCCUUUGCCAAGGAUGAGUACAGCUUCAGGUACCGGGUUGUGCGCGAUGGACUGGGAUCCGAUGAUGAUUUCAACCGAUUCCUGAUGUAUACGACUUUGGAAAUCUACGCUGAGAAGCUAGCUUCCUUGCGGGAAGUUGGGCCGCAACUCAACGGACACCACGCCAAUGCACACCACGCCAAUGGCCACACGGACAUUCCUUUUGAUGACAAGGGAUCAGUUGAUGAGAAGCGACCGGACGAUUCCCGUGAGAAAGAGGAUAGCUCACAGCCUUAUCCGGACGCGCCGCUUUCUGCGGAUGACACACCGACCGUUGUCAAUGCUGUCCACUCACGACCCGCAUCGCCGGCCCCGCUCUCAUCCGCCUUCCAAAGCUCUCCCGCCCAGAAUGGGUUCAACUGGGCUUCGUCGUGCAGUGAUUCUGCACCAAUCGACUUUCCGACAUUCGCACCUUCUCCGCCUUUGAUUAGGCGACCGAGUACAGCGUGGGCCGAUCCAGAGCCAGAGCAUGAGGCGGAACCGGAACCGGAGCUGAAACCCGAGGCCAAGCCAGAGCCCGAGCCCGAGCUGCAAGAGCAGCCGGAGCAGGAGCCAGAGCCAGAGCCAGAGUGGAAGCCGGUGACGGUGAAGCCGGAGCCUGAGCCGGAGCCUGAGCACGCGUUGAAGUCGGAAUUACAGUUGGAGCCGGAGCCAGCACCAGCACCAGCACUAGAAACAGUGUUGAAUCUGGGGCCCGAGCCAGUGCGAAUCCCCAAGGCGGUGCCAAUUCAUUUUCCCAAGACCGAGUCAGUUCUCCCAAAGUCAGAGCCAGCCCUCCCAAAGUUAGAGUCAGUCCUCCCAAAGUCCGAGCCAGUUCAGGGGCAGGGGCAGCCCACGGAGCAAGCCCCCAAAAAAAAGAACAAGCCCAACUCGCAUCGCAGAAAGCGAAAGCAGGCGGCCGCGGCCGCACAAAAGUCCGGACCACAAGUCAACGGUUCGGCAAAGCCAUCUCCUUGAUGGGGAAGACGCUCCAACGCAGUCUCCAUUACUGCUGUGUAUUACCAACUCGCACCCUCACACUCACUUGGAAUCUCCUUACCUCUCUGUUUCGC